AUGGAGGAACAGGGUGUAGAGAAAACUGGGGAUGACGAGAAGGGUAGCGAGGGUGGAGAAGGUGAACAAGGUGAGACUAGUGUUGAUGAAAAGGUUGAAAAGGAUGAUGGGGAUGUUGAUGAGGAAGUUGUUGAGAAGGAGACAGAGGAGGAAGAAAUUGCUGACAAGGAGGAUGUUGAGAAGGAAGAAGAAAGAAACGACAGUGGACAAGAUGCCGAGAAAGAGUGUGAAGAGAUUGAAACUGACAUCGUCGUGGUAGAUGAUACAACUACUGAUGACCAAGUAACUCCAACGGAUGAGAGGUUGACGAGGAGGCAUUCUCGUCGGAAUAGGAAGCAAGUGGAUGAGGCAGAGGCAGGCAGGUCCAAGCGCCUGAGGCUGGAAGACAUAGAGGAGACAGGGGAUGAUAUCCCCCUGGUCCAAGAAACUUUGCCAGCCGAGGAGGAGAUCUCUCCGGAGGCCCUGGAGACGAGAUAUGAGGCGGAAAGAAAAAGGAAGGGUAAGCAUGCUGCUAUGCCCCAACAGAAGAAAUCUCGCCCCGCGAACACCACUGUGGUGAUUAGCGAGCCGGAGGCGAUCCGUGUGCCGUUUGCCCAUCCAACUGAAGAAGAGGAGGCUGAGAUACCAGCCGUGGAGGAGAGCCCUUUCGAAACAAUAGAGGUCCUUGUGACCAAGAGGUUGUUGGAAGCCAUGGUCCAGCUUGAGGACCCAAAGCUGCAGAAGGCAUGUGAUGACCGAGCCACGAAUGGGAGGUCGGCGAAAUCCGGAAAGAAGCUGUGCCUCUCGGACCUGGAGGAACUGGGAGUGGAGAAGAAGUUCAUCUCCUACUUCAAAAGCAUCGGGUUUGAGUGGCUUCUCAACCACAACAAUGCGGAGGUGCCGGUGGCUCUGGUGAAGGAGUUCUUCACAUCCUUCAAGUUCAAACAAUCUACAGAUCUCGAUGCAGACACAAUCUCUUUCAGGCUGUUCAAUGAGGAGAUGGAGAUGAGUAUAAGAGAGUGGUCGUUGAGACUGGGACUACUCACGCCCGAGGAGGAGGAAGAAGGAGCGUGGAACGAGAGAGAGAUCGGCUCACCCAAGAAUACAGCAGGCUUCGAUGCAGAGGAGGCCUGGAGGAUGGUUGCCCACAAGAAGGUGGCCAAGUUCAAGACAAGCACAUCAAAGGGGAUACACAUCACCGACCCUGUACUCCGAUUGGCACAAGUGUAUAUCGGGUACAAUCUCUUGGGUCAAGUGGGUGCAACCCUCACUACUCCAGAGUUUCAUGUGGUGUAUGCUGAACAACGUGAAGGUCCACCUCGGGUACUGGACUGCCUAUGCAUGCCAGAGAGUCAAAACUCACUCCGUAGCCAACCUGCCAAUGUGUAG